AUGAAUCAUUCAUUCAUUCAUUCAGUCUCUCCCUAAUACUCAGCCACAUCUAUUGCAUGCUCUGCCUCAUCUCCUUCUUAUUCUCUCCUUCUCCCCUUCAAUCAACACAACACAACUUGAAUUUCAUGGCAGUUGAAGCUUCUUGCAUGAAUCUCUUGCCUUCUCAUCUACUCCCCAACAGAGAAAUAAUCAAAUCCAAUCACCAACAACAACAACAACAUUAUCAACAUCAAAAUCUCUUGAAUUUGGAUAUAUACAACAAUGCACAAGUAGACUCUGCUUCUGCUCUGCCUAUGCCUGGAGCAACAAUGGCUGAAUCUCUUUUACCUUUCUACCAAUCCAAUGUUUGUGAUCCAAACACAGCAGAUAGUGGUCUCACCUACAAUCUCCCUCUUCAAAGAAAACGCUCAAGAGAAUUCACCUCUGAAUUAGCCUCUUUCCCUGCUCAACAGAAGAACAAGCUCUCAUCAGAAUCAUCAUUUUUUGACCAAGUUCUCUACCAAUUCCAGAACCAGCAAUCUGAGAUCGAUCGCGUCCUUGCUCACCAUACAGAGAAAGUGAGAAUGGAGAUGGAGGAACAUAAGAUGAGGCAAUCAAGGAUGUUGGCAUGCGUAAUCCAAGAAACAGUGGCGAAGAAGCUAAAGGAAAAGGACGAGGAGGUUCAGAAAAUGGGGAAGCUAAAUUGGGUGCUUCAAGAAAGGGUCAAAAGCUUAAGUGCGGAAAAUCAAUUCUGGAGGGACCUGGCACAAACCAACGAAACCACCGCCAACUACCUCCGCAACAACCUCGAACAGGUCAUGGCCCACGUGCGGGAUGGCCGCCAUGCCGCUGCCGCGGUGGCUGAAGAUGCUGAUUCCUGCUGCGGGAGCAAUGUUGUGGCGGAGGACGGCGAGGACACGGCGGCAACGCCGACGGUGAAGAGGAUGUGUCGGAGCUGCGGGGUGAAGGAGUCGGUGGUGCUGUUGCUGCCAUGCAGGCACUUGUGUUUGUGCACGGCGUGUGGGUCCACUGUCCGAAAUUGCCCUGUUUGUGAUUCCGGCAUGGAUGCUAGCGUGCAUGUUAAUCUCUCUUAGGAGCUGUUUUCAAAUUACGGUCGUCGUUGCAUCACCGAAUUGCGGAUUAAUGCGCCCUCAAUCCCGAUCAAGGACUCCAAAUCUUGUUGAAUUGCGGCCAUUGCGAACCUCAAUUUGAAACCCUGUGUAGGAGGAUUUUAGUUACAGUUUAGGUCAUCAUCAGAAAUUGGACAAAAUAGGUUUUUUUUAACUUUCUUUUUUGUCAAAGUGACAUAGCUAGAACAAAAAGAGAAAAAAAUGAAAUAGCAAAAUAUUUUGUUAUACAGAUUAUUAUUGUUUCUUUUUUCCCAUCUUAUUUAUAUGAUAUUUUUUAUUUGUUUCACAA